AUGGCGCGGUUCGAAAACGAGAUGCCGUCCAGGUAUGGCGGUGGCCACGGACCAGGGCAUGGGCAUGGACCUGGAGGCCCUGGCCGCGGCGGCAGCCGGCAGGGCGGCCCGCCUGGAGGCCCCGGGGGCCAGCGGGUCUACAAGCAGUCCAUGGCGCAGAGAGCCCGGACCAUGGCCUUGUACAACCCCAUCCCGGUGCGUCAGAACUGCUUCACCGUCAACCGCUCGCUAUUCAUCUUCAGCGAGGAUAACUUUGUGAGAAAAUACGCCAAAAAGAUUACAGAAUGGCCUCCGUUUGAGUGGUUGAUCCUGGCCACCAUCUGUGCCAACUGUAUCGUCCUGGCUCUGGAGCAACAUCUGCCUGAUGGAGACAAGACUCCUCUGUCUGAACGCCUGGAUGACACUGAGCCCUACUUCAUAGGGAUCUUCUGUUUUGAGUCAGGCAUUAAGAUCCUGGCUCUAGGAUUUGCCUUCCAUAAGAACUCCUACAUAAGGAACGGAUGGAAUGCCAUGGACUUCGUAGUAGUAUGCACAGGGAUCCUGUCUACAGUGGGAUCGGACUUCGAUUUGCGGACUCUGAGAGCGGUCCGUGUGCUGAGACCCCUCAAACUGGUGUCUGGGAUACCCAGCCUCCAGGUGGUCCUCAAGUCCAUCAUGAAGGCUAUGAUUCCACUGCUGCAGAUCGGCCUGUUGCUAUUCUUCGCCAUCCUCAUGUUCGCUAUCAUCGGCCUGGAGUUCUACAUGGGAAAAUUCCAUACUACCUGCUUCGACAUUCACACAGAUGAGAUUCGCGAGGAGUUUCCGUGUGGGACCGAAGCCCCGUCGAGACUAUGUCCAAACGGGACCACGUGUCGAAAGUAUUGGCUGGGGCCUAACUACGGCAUCACCCAGUUUGACAACAUCCUGUUUGCCGUGCUCACAGUCUUCCAAUGUAUUACCAUGGAGGGAUGGACUGACCUGCUCUACUAUAGCAACGAUGCCUCAGGGAGCGCGUGGAACUGGAUGUACUUCAUUCCCCUCAUCAUCAUCGGCUCUUUCUUCAUGUUGAACCUGGUCCUGGGUGUACUGUCUGGGGAGUUUGCCAAAGAGAGAGAGCGAGUGGAGAACAGGAGUGAGUUUCUGAAGCUGAGGAGACAGCAGCAGAUAGAGAGAGAGCUCAAUGGAUACCUGGAGUGGAUUUGUAAAGCAGAAGAAGUGAUCUUAGCAGACGAUGAAGACCCUGAUGCAUUUGACGGCACCCGCAGGAGACCCACCAUCAAAAACAACAAGAACAAAACAGAUCUCCUUAACCCAGAGGAUGGGAAUGGAGACCUGGCAGUGGGUUCUCCCUUUGCGCGGGCCAGUCUGAAGAGUUCAAAGCUGGAGGGCUCUAACUUCCAUAAGAGGGAGCGUCGUCUGCGUUUCUUCAUCAGACGCAUUGUGAAGACCCAGUAUUUCUACUGGAGUGUACUGUGUCUGGUGGGACUUAACACCAUGUGUGUGGCUGUAGUACACUAUGACCAGCCUGAACCACUCUCAGACUUCCUCUACUUUGCAGAGUUCGUCUUCUUGAGUAUCUUCAUGUCUGAGAUGGGUAUAAAGAUUUAUGGACUGGGGUCACAGCCUUACUUUCACUCCUCCUUUAACUGCUUUGACUGCAUUGUAAUAUGUGGCAGCAUAUUCGAGGUGCUGUGGGGUUUUAUCCAGCCUGGGACAUCCUUUGGUAUCAGUGUAUUACGAGCUCUAAGGUUACUGAGAAUCUUCAAAGUCACCAAGUACUGGGCGUCUUUGAGGAACCUGGUUGUAUCUCUGCUCAACUCCAUGAAAUCCAUUAUAAGCCUGCUCUUCCUCCUCUUCCUCUUUAUCGUCGUCUUCGCUCUGUUGGGCAUGCAGCUCUUCGGAGGACAGUUUAAUUUUGAAUCUGGCACUCCCCCGACCAACUUUGAUACUUUCCCUGCAGCAAUAAUGACUGUGUUCCAGAUCCUGACCGGAGAAGACUGGAACAUGGUCAUGUAUGAUGGAAUAGAGUCUCAGGGAGGAGUCAACAACGGAAUGGUCUUCUCAGUCUUCUUCAUCGUGCUCACACUUUUCGGCAACUACACUCUGCUGAAUGUGUUCUUGGCCAUCGCUGUGGACAAUCUGGCCAACGCACAGGAACUCACUAAGGACGAGCAGGAAGAGGAAGCCGCUUCCAAGAAAAAUGCUUUGCAAAAAGCCAAGGAGGUGGCCGAAGUCAGCCCUCAGUCUGCAGCCAACCUGUCCAUAGCGGCUAAGGAGCAGCAGAAGAACAAUAAGGGUGGUAAUAAGUCCGUUUGGGAACAGAGGACCAAGGAGCUGAGGAAACAGACUCUAAUGACCAGCAGAGAGGCCCUCUACAACGAACUGGACCCAGAGGACCGCUGGAAGGUGAACUACUCCCGCCACAUCCGUCCUGACAUGAAGACCCAUACAGACCGCCCUCUAGUGGUGGACCCCCAGGAGAACCGCAACAACAACACCAACAAGACCACCAAAGAGCCUGACCCCCGCCUCAGCCAGCAGCACGCCGACCAGCUGCUCCGCAAGCAGACACACGUCCACGAGAGAGGAGGUGGGGGAGGAGGAGGUGGGGGCUCAGGGUCUGGUUCAGGCCCUGGAAGGCCCUAUGAGCGGGCAGACUCUACGGAGAGCCGCAGGAGCCGUAAGGAGAGCAAGGAGCACCAGGAGCUCCAACACCACCACUCCUCCCAUACCCGCCUAGAUGCAACGAUGCUGGGACAGAGUGGAGAGGAGAGGCCCCAGAGAAGGCACCACCACCCACGGGGCCAGGCGGGCUCAUCGGAGCACAGGAAACCCCGCCAGCACCGCAUGCCCCCAGAGGACGAAGAGGGGGGAGGUGGAGGUGGUGGAGGAGGAGGAGGAGGAGGAGGGGAAAGGCGGCACAAGAGCAGGGGGACAGAAGGAGAAGGCGAGGGGGAGCAAGAGGGGGGUGAUGGAGGUGAGAGGAGGCAGAGACGGCAUCGCCAUGGCACUCAGUCGGGGUGUGAUGGUGAGGGGAAGAGGACGCGGCAACACCGCAGGAAGGAUGGUCCCAACCUGUCCACCACACGGCCCAUCCAGAAGAGCCUCUGUAGACAGGACAGCCAGUACAGCGAGGACAUGGACAAUGUCAUGAACAGUAAACUGGCCACCAGCCAACCCCAGCUACCCCCAGGCUCCACCCAGCAGCCCUGCCCAGCCUCGGGCCUCCCCAGCCCAGCCAACCACACUACUCCAGGUCCAGGCUUCGGCCCUGCAGGCCUCAACACUCACCUGACCAACAGCAGCUCCCACCUGGGCCUAGAUGGAAGCCUGGUUCCUGCAUACGGAAGUAGCACCCGGAUACCGGACCACACGGCAGUGGACAUACCACCCAUGUUUCCUUCCCACAACGCCAUAUUGCAGGUCAAUAAAAAUGCUAACACGGAGCCUCUGCCUAAGAAGGAGGAUAAGGAUGAUGAUGAUGAUGAGAAGGGUGAUGAAGAUGGACCCAAACCAAUGCCCCCCUAUAGCUCCAUGUUCAUCCUCUCUACCACCAACCCGUUCCGGAGACUAUGCCACUACAUUGUGACUCUGAAAUUCUUUGAGUUUGGUAUCCUGUCUACCAUCGCUAUGAGCAGUAUCGCCCUGGCAGCAGAAGACCCCGUCUGGCCAGAAUCACCUCGCAACAAUGUUCUGCGCUACUUUGACUAUGUGUUUACGGGAGUGUUCACCUUUGAGAUGUUGAUUAAGAUGGUGGAUCUGGGCCUGGUGUUGCACCAGGGCUCCUAUUUCCGUGACCUGUGGAACAUCCUGGACUUUAUAGUGGUUAGUGGUGCUCUGGUGGCCUUCGCCUUCACGGGGAGCAGUAAGGGGAAAGACAUCAGCACAAUCAAGUCUCUGAGGGUUCUGAGAGUGUUGCGACCUCUGAAGACUAUCAAGCGUCUUCCAAAGCUCAAGGCUGUGUUUGACUGUGUGGUCAACUCCCUGAAGAACGUCCUGAACAUCCUCAUCGUCUACAUGCUCUUCAUGUUUAUUUUUGCUGUGGUGGCCGUGCAGCUGUUCAAAGGAAGAUUCUUCUACUGUACUGACGAGUCCAAAGAGUUUGAGCGCGAUUGCAGGGGCGAAUAUCUAGUCUAUGAGCGGAAUAAUGAAGUGAAGGCGCAGAAGCGGGAGUGGAAGAAGUACGAUUUCCACUACGACAACGUGCUUUGGGCCCUGCUCACCCUCUUCACCGUGUCUACCGGAGAGGGGUGGCCGCAGGUGCUGAAACAUUCAGUGGAUGCGACCUAUGAGAAUCAGGGCCCGAGCCCGGGGUACCGGAUGGAGAUGUCCAUCUUUUACGUGGUGUACUUCGUGGUCUUCCCCUUCUUCUUCGUCAAUAUCUUCGUAGCUCUCAUCAUCAUCACUUUCCAGGAGCAAGGAGACAAGAUGAUGGAGGAUUACAGUUUAGAGAAAAACGAGAGAGGCUGCAUAGACUUUGCCAUUAAUGCCAAACCGUUGACGCGACACAUGCCCAAGAACAAGCAAAGCUUCCAGUACCGCAUGUGGGAGUUUGUGGUGUCGCCGCCAUUCGAGUAUACAAUCAUGGCUAUGAUCGCGCUCAAUACUAUCGUUCUGAUGAUGAAGUACGACGGAGCCUCUCCGGCCUACGAGGCAGUGCUGGCCAACCUGAACAUCGUGUUCACCUCGCUGUUCUCCAUGGAGUGUGUGCUCAAGAUCAUCGCCUUUGGAGUGCUGAAUUACUUCAAAGAUGCCUGGAACAUUUUUGACUGUGUGACAGUCCUGGGCAGCAUUACAGAUAUUUUAGUGACUGAGCUCGGGAAUAACUUCAUCAACUUGAGUUUCCUGAGACUGUUCAGGGCUGCCAGGCUCAUCAAACUGCUCCGGCAGGGAGAGACCAUCCGCAUCCUGCUCUGGACCUUUGUUCAAUCCUUCAAGGCGCUGCCGUAUGUGUGUCUGCUCAUCGGCAUGCUGUUCUUCAUCUAUGCCAUCAUCGGGAUGCAGCUGUUUGGGAACAUAGGGAUGGAGGAGGAGGAGGGGAGCGCCAUCAAUGAACACAACAACUUCAGGACUUUCUUCCAAGCUCUCAUGCUGCUCUUCAGGAGUGCCACGGGCGAGGCGUGGCAUGACAUCAUGCUGUCGUGUCUUGGAGGGAAGCUCUGUGAUCCUCUGGCAGGGAACACUGAACCAGAGUGUGGCAGCCAGUUUGCCUACCUCUACUUUGUGUCCUUCAUCUUCUUCUGCUCCUUCCUGAUGCUGAAUCUGUUCGUGGCUGUCAUCAUGGACAACUUUGAGUACCUGACCAGAGACUCCUCCAUCCUCGGCCCACAUCAUCUAGACGAGUAUGUCAGGAUAUGGGCUGAAUAUGACCAAGCAGCUUGCGGCCGCAUUCAUUAUAAGGAUAUGUACAGUUUAUUGCGAGUUAUCGACCCGCCUCUUGGCUUAGGAAAGAAAUGCCCCCAUAGAGUGGCCUGCAAGGUUUGA